AUGAGAUUCUUUAACAUUUUAUUCGCUUCAUGCCUUAUCCUCACGGCAAUUGUCGUGACAAGUGCAAUUGCAUCAGUGAAAAGAGAUUUAUCACUUGAAAAUGGUGGAUGGUAUUCCACCAAGGCCUCCGUCAUGAAGGCUCGGUCAGUUGUUUCAGGUGGUAACAAGAAAGAUAAAGAUGUUGAUAUUAAAAUUAAAAACAAAGUCAUAAAUUCUCAAAUGACUUUUUAUAAAGGAUCAGCUCUUCAAAAUUCCGCUUGUUACGGUAGAAAUGGAUUGAGAAAUUAUGAUGCCAAUGAAAAUGAUAUGAUCGCUGCCAUAUUCAUGAAACAACUUGAAAUGUGCUUUAAAUGCAUUGAAGUUAGAAAUCCUGCAAAUGAUAAAUCAAUCAUUGUAAAAUUCAUAGAUAAAUGUGCGGAUUGUCCACCUGAAUCUGAUAACAUUGACUUAACCCCUACUGCCUUUAAAUUGUUGGCAAAUCUCGAUUUGGGUAGAGUUGAAAUCGAAUGGCGUCCUUUGAAGGAAUGUCCUGCAAAAGGAAGAUGGCCAAUUUUCGAGGAGAUUGACAAUUAA